CUAAACAUGCAGAGAAGAGCUUCCAUGAGGGAGAGGAAGCGAUGGACGCGCAUGCCAUUAAUGCCCGAGGAGCUGGUGCGGGAGAUCAUGGCGAGGCUGCCCGUGAAGUCGCUGCUGCGGUUCAGGUCCGUCUGCAGGGCCUGGCGCGCCACCAUCUCCGACGACCCCUCCUUCCUCCGCGCGCACCUCCAGCAUCAGCGGCCGUCCUUUCUCAUCGCUCGCCAGAUGGCGACAUCAGUCGGCUUCUUCCGGCUGCAGGAGGGCCAGAACCUGAAGGGCACGGCGACCCUGCUGCACGCGGCGGCGGGCGACGUGCUCCCCGUGAACAACCCGCACCCCCUGGCGCACUGCGACGGGCUUGUGCUUGUGCCGACCGACGACAAGCAGGUGCGCGUCUUCAACCCUGCCACGGCGCAGAUUGCGGUGCUACCGUGGAGCCCGGGCGCGGACCGGCCGAGCUCCACCAUGUGGCCGCGCCGGCUGGGGAGCCACCAGUCGUUCGGCCUCGGCCGCGACCCCGUCUCCGGCGCGUACAAAGUCGCCCGCUUCUUCUACCGCGAGGUGUACGCGGUCGCCACAGGAGCCAACGUCCUCACAACCGGGAUGGAGGUGUUCACCCUGCAGGGUGACAAUCGCGAGUGGCGGGAGACGGCGGCGCAGCCGACGCACCCUGUUCUGACGCAGCGCACGGCGACCUUCUUCGAGGUCGAGGGGUCACUGCUGUGGGUGACUUGUAGUGCUGGCAGCUUCCUCCGGUUCAACCUGGAGGACGAGACGUUCACCCUGACGCCCGGGCCGCCUCCCAUGGAGAUGGACAAUAAGUACGAGGAGUGCAGCCUGGUGGAGGUGCGCGGGGAGCUGUGCGUCGCACGGCCAUCAGGGCCACGCCAUAACUGUAAGGUCGAGAUGUGGUGGAUGUCCCGCGGCGGCGGCGGCGGCGAGGGCGAGUGGGAGUGGCAGCUGCGCUACAGCGUCCGUGUGGGGUGUCUGACCCGGCCGAUAUCCGCUGCGGCGUCCGACCACGGGGACGGGGUGCUGUUCGUCGACGUGCUCGGGUACAUGAGCUACUACGAUGGCCUCCUCGGGGUCGGGACGACGUGCCCGCGCCUCCGGGAUGUGGCUUGCGUGCAUAGAUUGAGGUGGCAGCGGAAGCCGACCGACAACACAGCAGCCAUUGCAAGUUUGGUCGACGACGACGACACCUACCCUGGCCACUUUUACCUCAAUACUGUUCCCUACGUUCAGAGCCUCGUUCAAAUACCGUAA